AUGUCAAGUUUUAGCAGUUAUUACAAGCUCAAUCAUGGGUUUAUAAAGGAAAAACCUUCGGAUAUGUCCUCUAUAGAUAGGAAGCUUAGGAAUAUGUUGGAAAAACUGAGAGCAGAAAGGAGACAGGAAUUUCUUAAAUUUCAGAGGGCUGAGGAUGAUCAGAAUUUCAAGAUUAAAGGUAAAAACAAAAAUAAAGGAAAAAAUUCUAAAUUUAUAAAAAAUUGGAAACUUUCAAGAACUUGGUCUCGGGAACUUAUAGAGUAUGCAUGGCUAUCCAAACUUUCAGAAGGGUAUAAAUCUAUGCAAGAGAAUCCCCAAAAUUGGCUUGUUCUUCCUAUUUACAGAGGAAGAAGGAGUAUGUUAAUUCAGGGAAAUGGAUAUUGUGAACUAAGAAACCAAGAUGGAUGGAGAAUGUUUACUGUAAAGAAUGCCCCAUUUAUUCACACAGGAUUGACCAUAAUAGAUGGAAUAUAUAAUCAUGACCAGAAUACUUUUCAAUGUAAUGAUUUAAUCGUUUGGAACAAUUUGAAUAUAUGCACUUCCACAACUGAAUGUAGAUUGCAUUUCCUGUCUUGUAGAAUUGAAGAGUCAGGGGUUACAAAUAAAACUGUAGAAAGUAUUGAUGUUUCAAUGAUGUCGGGUUCUGACCCAAAGUUUAUUCCUAAUAUUCGAAUACAAUUGGGGCAGUAUCUUCCUUUAUCCAAAAACAAUUUAUUACGCUUAUUUAGAAUUGGCGACCAAUUUAGCAGCCCUCAAUCCGAUUUUAACUAUUUAGUAUUUGUAAGAAAAGAUUCAAUGUAUGAUACAGAACAAGAAUUCGACAAAUUGUAUUCUCAAUGCCAAGAAUAUCGCACACUAUCUCAACAAAACUGGCUGAUAUGGAGUGGUCAAGUAAUUAAAGCAUUCAAAGAUUAUAAUAAAAAAGAAGAGGAGCCUAAUGGCCUUACUUUCAGACUGAAUAUAAAUGAAAAAAAUGAGUUAUAUACAAAGGACAAAGUUCUAAUUGGGGAAGUAAAUCAUCCAGAAAUACUUAAUAAAAGUCUAUCUCUAGAUAAUGACCAGAAAAUCCUAAUGAAUGAAUACGGUCUUGUUUUCGUCAAAGUUAAGUUCGAAAAAGAGAACAUACUUAAUCUCUUGGAUCUCAUAGCAUCCAGAUACCCGUUUGAUAUUUUUAGUAAUAACCAUAACGAGUUUAAAAGUAUUAUGUUUGAAUUAUCGAAUGUAAGCUCUCAAGACAAAUAUUCCAGUAGUCUAGAUAACUUUGACUAUAUAUUCUUCAAAUGUAUCGAGUUUGUCACUGAAACUAAAUACAAGAAUUGCACGUUACUCGACGAGUUGAAUUUAAACCUGAAUAUGGAGUCUCUAUUGAAAUCUAUUUCUUAA